UUCACUUCACUACUUACUUCUUCUCCCUCUCUCUCUCUCUCUCUCUCUCUCUCUCUCUCUCUCUUUGUUCCUCUUCUUUCUCUCUCUACUAGAGCCAUGAUUUCGGGAAGUUAUUCUGGUUCGAGCUCUUCGGGUUGUUAUUCGGCUUCUUCUUCUUCCGAAAAUUCUUCACCGCCGGCGGCCACAGCGGCGGGAAAGUUAUUUGGCGGCGGAGCAGAUCGGAUGGUAGAGGAGGAACUUGAGGCCGCGGAGGCGUUGGCUGAUUUGGCACAUUUGGGUAUGCGAGGGAGUUGUGGUGGCGGUGAAUCAGUGGGGAUUAGGAGUAGCAAAGGGAAGCGAGUCAAGAGCCAGUCGCCUCCGGUGGUGUUUGGUGUGGACCUGGCUGACUCGGCCACUAAGUGCUCGGAUCUUGUUCAGCAGGAUAGAAAAGUAAGUCAUCAGCAACAUGAAAAGGUAUGUGGAAAUGUACUAACUGAGCCAUGGAAGACUGAAGAUGAUCACAGAGAAAAAAAUAUGAAGGUUGAAAAAGACACUGAUUUACCGAACACAAGUCCUAUAGGCACUUCAAGAUACUCGUCGAUGGGAUGCAGCAAGUCAAGACGCAAUUUGACGGAGGCAGAAAAGGAAGCACGCAGAAUACGCAGGGUUUUAGCUAACAGAGAGUCAGCUAGGCAAACGAUUCGCCGAAGGCAGGCCCUUUGUGAGGAGUUGACAAAAAAAGCUGCUAAUUUAGCUUCGGAGAAUGACACCUUAAAGCGGGAUAUGGAGAUGGCAUUGAAAGAGUACCAGUCAUUGGAAAUCACAAAUAAACAAUUAAAAGAUCAGGUGGCUAAUGUGGAGAAGAAAAACAUGGAGAAAACUCCAAGUCGUCAUAAACCUGCUUGUCAUCAGUUAAAUCCACCUUCAACUUCACCACCAAACAGCUCAUUAUUCUUGUAUAACCAUCCACCAUUUACACCACUUUUCUGGCCUCCCACUUCUCAAUCUGAAAAUUUUGUUCAACCAUCUCAUAUGUCACAAAAUGCAAUUGUUAUGCCUUCAAACAUCACAUUUCCAGUGGAGGGUAGGCAUGAUUCUUGUGAACUAGAAGACCUCCAUACUAAUGGACCGAGAACCCCUUUUUAUGUUUUGCCAUGUCCUUGGUUUUAUCCUCAUCCUGAUCAGGGAAUUGCAGUCCGAUCUCAGCCAUCUUUUCCUCAGAAAAUUGGACAAGAGGAAAGUUAUAUUACUAAUCAGUGCAAUGCUACAUCCUCAAAAGCCAUUCACCAUAUUGAGAAUCAACAUUCCUUUCUGCCUGUCAAGGUGAAAACAGAACCUUCUGGUUGUGGCGCACUGGAAGCCAGAACAAAUGAUCUUAAUGAACACCCAGCAGAUGUUUCGCAAGAAACAAUUGAUCAGGAAACAGGAUUCCACGCAAGUGGAAGUAAACCUAUGGUGGUUUCUACUGCCAAGCACGAGAAAGAGAUUCAACGAAAUUUUACUACUAAUAAAACAUCUGCUGAUGUUUGUCAUACACUAUCAGCUCCACCAGGAAAAAGUUGUGAACCAAUCAUCUACUCAUGUAAGAAAUCAGUGGAGGCAGUUGCCGCAGCCGAGGCAAGGAAGAGAAGGAAAGAACUCACUAAGCUAAAGAGCAUGAACGGCCGUCAAUGUCGGAUGCACUGUUGAGCUCUGUGGCAAAAGGUGAUCUUUUCAUCUCUGCUUUGACUUUAAGGAUCCUUUGGAUAUUGACCCAAACAGGGCACGUAAACCAUAGCAAUGGAUAGUUUAAUCAAAGAAUCUGACACAAGCUUCUUACUUUAUGUUAAGCACAUGUCCGAGGCUUUUCUCCUUUUCUUAUAUGGCUCUUUUGGAAGGCAACUGGAAAUUUUGACGGUCCAAUUGUGUUUCAUGAGUAGCUUUCCAUGAUAAAAUCAUGAAGACUCGUACAAAAGAUACUGUGAGAAUAUGUACUUACAGACCAAGGUUUCCCUGAAAAUUUAGUGGGAAAUGUGUAUCUUUGUCAAAACAGAUGCUCUAAUUGUAUUUUAAGAUUUGGAAAGGGCAUUAUAGGAAAAAUUGGGGGGGGGGGCCUGGGUGUAAGAAAUCAGUUUCUACAGAUAUUUCUCUAGCUUUUGUUCUUGUUUGUAAAUCUGGAAACAGAUAUCCCCGUAAUAAAAGUGGAGGUUGCUGUUUUUGUAGUCUCA